UAGGAUAUCCGAAGACAAUGAAGCAUCAUCGCCUGCCUGUAUGUAGAGUAUGUCUGAAACUUCAAUUUUUUUUUUUUUUUUAUAUAUAUACAUACUAGGAUCAGCCCAUAAGCACCCUUUUAUAUAUACAUAUAUAUAUCUCUGUGACAUAUACACACACACACCAGCAACAUCAUAUACACGCACACACAGCAGCAGCAGCAUGGCCUUUGUUAGUAUCACCAUUGCUUUGUUAAACUCUGUAUAAAAGAUUUCCCACUAUUUGUUUCCUCUACGCUUCUACCUUUGCCCUCUACUUCUCCUCUCUCUCUCUCUCUCUACAGGAAACCACCUCCCUCAGGCCUUGUGGACCUUUUCAGAGAUUUGUUAAAGAAUGAGAGACAGAGAAGGGUGUGUCUGAUUGAUCUAGCUUCCAACAUCGUGAUUCCAUCUAUCCCUGCUUCUUAUUGUUAGGAUUUGUAGAUAUAAGUUUCGUGUUAGUGUAUUAAGACUUUAGAUAUGGCAUCAAAACCCUUCGUGGCAAGCAGAUCGUCUCUAUCGACAAACUCAGAUGUGCCGGAGUCACAACAACAUGUUAAGCCUCCACUGCCCCCCAAUGUGACAUUUGCCCGGAAGACUUCGUCAGGACGAUAUGUCAACUACUCGAGGGAUGACCUUGAUAGUGAACUUGGGAGCAAUGAUUUCAUGGACUACACGGUACACAUGCCUCCAACACCCGACAACCAGCCAAUGGAUUCGAUCUCUCAGAAGGUCGAAGAGCAAUAUGUGUCCAAUUCACUUUUUACUGGUGGAUUCAGUAGUGUUACGAGAGCUCAUCUCAUGGACAAGGUGAUUGAAUCACAAGCAAAUCAUCCUCAGAUGGCUGGUUCAAAAGGAUCUUCAUGCAUGAUACGUGGAUGUGAUGCUAAGGUGAUGAGCGAUGAACGGGGUGUGGAUAUUCUCCCCUGCGAAUGUGACUUCAAGAUAUGUAGAGAUUGCUAUUUGGAUGCGGUUAAAACUGGAGAUGGCAUUUGCCCAGGGUGUAAAGACCAAUACAAGGCCAUGGAUAUGGAUGAAUUUGUAGAAAACAGGCGGCCACUUCCACUUCCACUUCCACCGCCAGCUGAGAUGUCAAAAAUGCAGAGGAGGCUAUCAUUGAUGAAAUCAACAAAGUCAGUGCUGAUGAAGAGCCAGACUGGAGAAUUUGAUCACAAUCGGUGGAUCUUUGAAACAAGCGGCACCUAUGGGUAUGGCAAUGCUAUAUGGCCAAGAGGGGGAGGAUUAGGGAAUGGGAAAGACGAUGAUGUAGUUGAGCCUUCUGAAUUAAUGAACAAACCUUGGAGGCCCCUGACGCGCAAAUUAAAGAUACCGGCUGCCAUUAUCAGCCCAUAUCGGCUUCUGAUUUUCAUUCGUAUGGUUGUGCUUGGGCUUUUCUUGGCUUGGAGGGUCAACCACCCAAACAAUGAUGCAAUCUGGCUCUGGGGGAUGUCUGUGGUUUGCGAAAUAUGGUUUGCCUUUUCUUGGAUUCUUGAUCAACUGCCAAAGCUCUGCCCUGUGAACCGUGCUACAGAUCUUAAUGUCUUAAAAGAGAAGUUUGAAAUGCCUAGUCCCAACAACCCCACUGGGAAAUCUGAUCUUCCAGGCAUAGAUAUUUUUGUCUCUACUGCAGAUCCAGAGAAGGAACCCCCACUUGUCACAGCAAAUACCAUCUUAUCUAUUCUAGCUGCUGAAUAUCCUGUUGAAAAACUUUCUUGCUAUGUUUCUGAUGAUGGAGGUGCACUUUUAACCUUUGAAGCCAUGGCAGAAGCUGCAAGUUUUGCUAAUAUAUGGAUUCCAUUUUGCCGUAAACAUGACAUUGAGCCUAGGAAUCCAGAAUCUUAUUUCAAUUUGAAGAAGGAUCCCUAUAAGAACAAGGUGAAGACUGACUUUGUCAAGGAUCGUAGACGGGUAAAACGUGAGUAUGAUGAGUUCAAGGUUCGCAUCAAUGGCCUUCCCGACUCUAUCCGUCGUCGUUCUGAUGCCUAUCAUGCUCGAGAGGAAAUAAAGGCCUUGAAGCAACAGAGACAGAAGACAGAUGAUGAACCUGUGGAGAGUGUGAAGAUCUUGAAAGCUACAUGGAUGGCUGACGGAACCCAUUGGCCUGGGACUUGGUUGAAUCCUGCACCAGAGCACUCUAAAGGUGAUCAUGCUGGAAUAAUACAGGUGAUGUUGAAACCACCUAGCGAUGAACCACUACAGGGCACAGUAGAUGAUGCCCGGCUGAUUGACCUGAGUGAUGUUGAUAUCCGUCUUCCAAUGCUUGUUUAUGUUUCCCGUGAGAAGCGUCCUGGCUAUGAUCACAACAAGAAAGCAGGGGCCAUGAAUGCCCUGGUUCGAGCCUCUGCAAUUAUGUCUAAUGGUCCCUUUAUUCUCAAUCUUGAUUGUGACCACUACAUCUACAACUCCCAGGCUCUGAGAGAAGGCAUGUGUUUUAUGAUGGAUAGAGGCGGGGAUCGCAUUUGCUAUGUCCAGUUCCCUCAGAGGUUUGAGGGUAUUGACCCUAACGAUCGAUAUGCCAAUCACAACACAGUCUUCUUUGAUGGCAACAUGAGAGCCCUUGAUGGACUUCAAGGUCCAGUUUAUGUUGGAACUGGAUGCCUCUUUCGAAGGAUAGCCCUUUACGGCUUUGACCCACCUCGAUCAAAAGAACACCAACCUGGUUGCUGCAGUUGCUGCUUACCUGGUCGUAGAAAGCAUUCAGCAGUUGCAACCACCCCAGAAGAGAACCGAUCCCUGAGAAUGGGUGAUUCAGAUGAUGAAGAGAUGAACCUUUCCCUAGCUCCUAAGAAGUUUGGAAACUCAACUUUCCUCAUCGAUUCAAUCCCUGUGGCUGAGUUCCAAGGCCGUCCCCUUGCAGAUCAUCCAGCUGUGAAGAAUGGACGGCCUCCUGGUGCUCUGACCAUUCCCCGAGAACUUCUUGAUGCAUCAACUGUGGCAGAGGCAAUCAGCGUCAUCUCAUGCUGGUACGAGGAUAAGACCGAGUGGGGACAGCGUGUUGGAUGGAUUUAUGGGUCUGUUACUGAAGAUGUGGUCACAGGGUAUAGGAUGCACAAUAGGGGAUGGAAAUCAGUUUACUGUGUGACCAAGAGGGAUGCUUUUCGUGGGACUGCCCCAAUCAAUCUCACGGAUAGGCUCCAUCAGGUCCUACGCUGGGCUACCGGCUCAGUUGAGAUAUUCUUCUCCCGCAACAAUGCCCUCUUCGCGAGCUCAAAAAUGAAGGUUUUGCAGAGGAUGGCAUACCUCAAUGUUGGAAUCUACCCCUUUACCUCCAUUUUCCUGAUUGUCUAUUGCUUUCUCCCUGCACUAUCCCUCUUUUCUGGCCAAUUUAUCGUCCAAACCCUCAAUGUGACUUUCCUUGUCUAUCUCCUUGUCAUCACUGUUACACUCUGUAUGCUUGCUGUUCUUGAGAUCAAGUGGUCAGGCAUUGAGCUAGAAGAGUGGUGGAGGAACGAACAAUUUUGGUUGAUUGGUGGAACUAGUGCCCACUUGGCUGCAGUGAUUCAAGGGCUACUAAAGGUUGUUGGAGGAAUUGAAAUCUCCUUCACUUUGACAUCGAAAUCAGCUGGUGAUGAUGAAAACGAUGAGUUUGCUGAUCUCUACAUUGUCAAAUGGACGUCCCUUAUGAUUCCUCCCAUCACAAUUAUGAUGACGAACUUGAUUGCAAUAGCGGUUGGGGUUAGUCGAACAAUUUAUAGCACUAUACCACAAUGGAGCCGCUUGCUAGGUGGUGUUUUCUUUAGUUUUUGGGUUUUGGCACAUCUCUACCCCUUUGCAAAAGGGCUUAUGGGAAGAAGAGGGAGGACACCCACCAUUGUUUUUGUUUGGUCAGGACUUAUUGCAAUCAUCAUAUCUCUCCUUUGGGUGGCAAUCAAUCCCCCAGCAGGAACAACCCAGAUUGGUGGCUCAUUCCAGUUCCCCUGAUAAGUCAUAUUUCUUAGUAAACCAGUUAACAAUAUUCCUUAAUUUAAUUAUUUUUUUCAACAAUUUGACUACGCCGUUGAAGGCUGUAGAGAUGUUUCUUUUCUUAUACUUAUUGUUUUACUUUAAUUUUAUCUAAUGUUUUCAGCAAUUUGAGCAAGAGGAUUGGACUAGAAAUUUUGGAUAAUGGUUUUAGUGGCAAUUUAUUUAUUUAUUUUUUAUGAUGUCUGAUAUGUAUAAUCAUUUGAACAAUACUAUCUUACAUGGAGAAUUUGGAGUUGCA